CACACACACACACACACACACACACACACACACGCACGCACACACACACGUCAUAUUGUUUUACCAUCCUAGACAAGCAUCUUCUGUUCUUUCUGUCAUCAUCACAUUAUAUAACAUCUAAAUACAAUAAAUAAUAAAAGCAAUAAUAACAACAACAACAACAACAACAACAUCAUAAACAACAACAACAAUAAUAAUAAAGCAAUUGAAAUCAUAUCUGAGUUCAUUCAUUAACUUGUCAUUUCAAAAAUAUUUGUUCCAUUUUAGGCGUAUCUUUGUUACAGCAAAAUUAUUACAUAAACUGACUGAUAAUAGAGAUAAAAUAACCAGAAACAAUAAUUUUAGAUGUUUGAUGAUUUGCUCAUAAACAAUAAAACACUAUUUGUUGUAGACAGGUAGGAUUGUGUAAGCCAUCUUUAGUUUGAGCUAACUGGCUCUGUUAUAAAAAACACAGAAGCGUUGAAUUGACAUGACUGUACCAAAGUUAUACUUCUAUGCAGUUACAACACUUCAUUUAAUAACUGAUCAGUUUAGCUCUGAUUUUAAGCGUUGUUUACGGUAUUUAAUGUUAUAUUUUAUUUCUGGAUGUGUACAGUGAUUUUGUAAACUCAUUUGUUUUAUAAUUUGUACUUUCUGAACUUUUAAUAUAGAAAUGCAACUCACGGUAUUAAUAACAAAUACAUUGUAACAAAAUAAGUUUUAUAAAUGUGUUUUUUUAUUAAUAUUACGGUACCUUUUGGGAAAUUGCCAGGCUCCAGUUCCUUGUGUGUAAACGAAGAAGGAAAAGCAAAUCGGAAAUGCUCUUGACCUCAAAGCUGGUGUUUUGAUCUUUGUCCAGGUGUGGUAGUGGCGCGUUUUGCCGCCCCCUGGUGGUGGAUCGAAGGAUUACAGCGUCCUGCCCUCGCCAUGCACGUGAGCUGUUCGUCAACCUGACAUUGACCUCUUGUGGUCAGGAGGGUUGCAAGUUUUAGUUUGUCGUCGGAGCGGAUAUAAACGUUAGGGACCAGAAGUGGAUGGAGAAAUGUGGUGCUACCAGAAACCAGGCUUUGAAGCCCAACUCCUCGCCGAGCUGCAGAGACAGCAACAGCGCAGCCAGUUUUGUGACACUAUACUCCAAGCAGGAGGUGUGUCAGUGCCAGCUCACAGUUGCAUCCUGUCUGCUGUCAGUCCUCGCAUGUCCUCUGCUCUGUCCUCCGCACCGAUGCCUCCUGCAGGACAGAGCCGUCUCCUGGAGUUCCAGGCUCUGGGCGCCUGCACCCUGCUUCACAUGGUCAGGCUUCUCUAUUCUGGAGAAAUGUCAGGAGAAGGGGAAAACGAGAAGCAGCAGGCCAUUUUUGCUGCAUCCAACCUGGGCAUCAACGGGCUGGUGGAGGUGACACAAAGUAAAAGCAGAGGGGGAGGAGAAGAGAUGGGCACGCACGUGGAGGUCGGAGUCCAAACGCAGGAGAACGAGGUGACACGUAGCAGGUGGAGGAGGGGGGUGAGGGAGGGGGUCACUUAUUUGUGGAAAGAGACGCCGUCAGGUGGUGGAAAAGAUGUGUGGACGCAAACAGAAGAGACAAACCUGCUUCCUCUCACUCUUCCAGCAGCCUCUUUUGACACGAUUGACUUGAGAGCUCUGCAGGAUUUAGGUCAGACUGAUUCUCAUCAGUUUGUUCCCGUUACUGUCCUCUACCCCCCGAACGAAAACCAAACCAUUCAGCUAUCCUGUGAUGCUUUCACAUAUCAGCAGGUAACAGCUGGGAGCACAUCUGUAGCUCCUGUGGUACCUUCGUACCCCUCUGAGCCUCCUGCUCUUCCUCAUUCCUCCAGACAGACAGAACCACAGAGCCACUGGGAUGGUCCCCAAGGAGGAAACGUCCCCACAGCUGAGGUGUGGGAAGACGACCAGCUGGAGCAAUUUGAAGGGAACCUCGCUGGAUUCCUCAACUACUUUCUGAGCCAGGAGAGCAACCAGGGCACCCGGAGGGGGAGAGCAGUGAGGAGGCAACGAGGAAGACCGAGGGGAGGUGGGACAAGAAGGCAGUCAACUGGGAGACCCAGAGGUAGGCCGCCAGGGAGGGGCCGUAGGACGUUCACUCAAACGGUGGAUGUGCAGGAGGUGGGGGUGAGCAAGCAGCAGAAGUUGUUACUGGACAGGGGGAGCCUGAGGGCACAUACGAUGGGUCAGGGUGGAGGAGCUGUAGGCAGGAAGCUGUUCCUGGAGACCAGAGGGGCUUUCCAACCAGCCAGGAAGUGCCGGAGAAUGAGAGAUCGUAGCAAAGUGUUGGAGGUCAGCCAGAGAGGGGGGAGAAACCCCCAGCAGGACACCCCGAAGCCGUUUAAUCAGUUCUACCCUGGAUCUUCGUCUGCUGCCUCUGUUCCACCUGCGGCAUCGUCCUCCCUCCGUACCACCCACUUCCCAAACACCACCCUUUCUCCUCAUGAGGCCCAGUCGGAACCCAUGGACCGUCUUCUGGAGGAAGUCAUGAUUGGACUUGAUAUUUUACCAAACAGCAGCAAAGCUGCUAACAACACGACAUCUAAAGAAAAAACAAAGGCUCAUGUGACGGAGGCCCCUGGCCAGCAGCAGCAGUGUGAGGGGGAGCUGAGUGAGAUCCUGGAAAACUUCCUCAAGUCCUUUGAGCAGCACGUUGACAGCUGUAACACCACACAGCAGAAUGAAAGGGACGAUGGGAGUUUAUCAGAGGGCCACAUGGUUCAGAGCAGAUCCAGCACAGCCCAGACUAGUUCUCACUCGUCUCGCCCACGGAAAACACGCAGACCGGUCAGUGGCUCUGAGACGUCUGAGCCCCAAUGUGAAGCAUCAUCUCAGAGCCUCUCACUGCUACACAAAGUCGUGUGUAGCCGCUCUGCUUCCUCCAAAAGCAUGGACAAAACUCAGGAGAAAGCCAGAACCAAAAGAAAAAGAAGAACAAAACAAUAUCUGCUCUCAUUAGAGAAGAAGUCAGUGAAGAAAUCGGCGUCAUUGACUACAAUAGAGGCCACCGUUGUUUCUAAGCUGGUGGACCAUCAGCUACAGCAGAAGCCAAUGGUGAGACUGGAAAGGAGAAAGGAGAUGCUGCAGGAACAACCAUGUCUCAGUCAGAAGGACAAGAGUCCUUUCAAGGCCAAGUCCCACGUGUCAUCAGGAAAAUCUUCUGAAGGCAUUUCUGGAGAGAAUUUGCAAGACUAUUUCCAAACAAAUUUUUAUCCAAUCAGGAGCAGGGUUAGAAGAGGAGAAAUUAGGGACAUUUCGGCUUUUGUCGACAAUCCACUUCCAAGAAGGCAACAUAGCCCCAGACAAAAAAGGCUUCUCAGCUCAGCUAAAGAUGGGAGCACGCUGGUUCAGCCUCAGCCUGUGGGUUCCUCAUGUACCGAUGAGCAGUCAGAGAAGAACCAAAGAGAAAAUGUAGAUUCAACAACGCAGGCACAGGAAGAGACUCCUGCAAGGACGGGGGAAAAGAGAAGCGCAGGAUCUGAUGGGACCAACGAGGGAUCUCCUCUGAAUAAGAAGAUUUUGUUAAAUCAGAUGACACCUGAAACCUACACACCAAGCUCUGAAGCUUCAUAUUUCAUUCCUGCUGCAGUGGCUUUGCAGCAGGUAGAAACCGUUUCACUGAAGAGUUUAAGUCUUCCAGAUAAAAGUCCACCUAAAGAUUCAAACGAUAAAGAGAGGAGAAGCAGAGAUGAUGGGAUGACUGUCGUAAAAGAAAUGGAGGUUCCUGAAUCAGAACAGGAAAAGCCUUUACUGUCACAUGACUACGGAGAGGAAUGGAUUGGAAAACUGGAAGAGGAUGAGGACAUCGAUGUGGUCGGAGGUUCAAGCCCUGUCCCUAAUCCAGUGGUGAUCUGCUGGACGCUGUCCUCAGACGAAGAGAAAGAGGAUGGAGACGAGGAAAUUGACGUAGUUGGAGAUAAAAUGGACAGCCCUUCUGUCAUCGUCUCUAAUGUGAGUAAGAGUGAACCUGAAUACAGAAAAGAUGAGGUGUUCUCCCAUUAGCUAUCAGUUAUGUCCCUUUAUCCCCCAGAUUCAUCUGAUUUAGCUACAGAGCAGGUUACGCAACACCCGUUUUAUUUUUAUUGUCUUGUUUUAUGCGAGGGAUUUUUGUCUUAAUUUCACUGAAAUGGGAAACAACGAGCUACGUUGUAGCUUUAGAAAGAAAAGAAAAGAACAUGCUUUAUAAGCAUGAACCAAAAUAGGUUUGAGUUUGAAAUGUGUCAUUUAUGGACAGAUAGUUAUUUUCACCUAUCUGGAUGAGUAAACAAUUACCCAAAAUAAGUUCCUUCAUCUGGAAAAUUUAGAUACAUUUUUUACAGUUUGUUGAGUAAAAUUGUUCACCAAUGUUUGUUUUAACUGUCAAACAGUUUAGAGAGAUUUAACGUCACAAAAAUCAGGUUUUGUACAAUCCGAAUCAGACGUUUUAGUAGUUGUACGUAUGGCUUUGAUGGAUUAGUUGUGAAGGACUGAUGUGUCUGCCUCUGUUCUGCUACAGUUCAUGAAUGUUUAUAGAAAUGUUUGUUUUCCUUGUUUUAAUUGUUAGCUUGUGUUUGACAGUGUUCACUUGUCUAUGAUCGGAUUUCAUAUUAAAGCGCUUAAGAAACGACCACGCCUUUGGUUGUAACUCUUCUUCACGUGCACAUCCUUGGAAACCAGACUUUUGAUCAGGAUUUGCUGUAAUAAGAAACAGUCAGUGAUGCUGUCUGAGAAAAUAGGCCAGUUGCAGAGGAGCGUUUCAAAGGGAGAGAAGUGGACGACUCCACCUUUAUGUUGAAAUCAUCCAUGAUCUCAGUGACAUUCCAU